CUUGUGUCGUAACCGCCGAACUCGUUGUCGUGCGCCGUCUGCUCCUGCGUACUCAGUUUGCGCAACUCGACGGUCUUAAGAGACAUGUGGCACCCACACCCACACAACAGACAGGGGCGGAUUGUGCGUAGGGACCUUUGGAAGGAACUGUCCUGGAUUUGCACCCACCUGAGUGUCCAGGCGCGCAGAAACGAGGCCCACGCCCACCGCCCGCCCACCACUACUGUCUUCAACCGUGGGAACUCCCCCGGCUCCUUACCCCUGUCAUCCGGAAAGGCUAUCUCGCGCUGCUGGACGCUGUGGCUGUCAGCCUCCAGACUCUCGAGACUCUCACCGGCGCCUUCAAUCAGCCGCACCAUCGCCAUGUUCAUGUGACACCGCAUCACUGCGCGCGUGGCUUUGGCCAGCCAGGGCUCGCUCGGUGGGGUCGAUGUCGCGGUCGGCGAGGAAUGUGAUGGUGGUGUGCAUGUCGGGGCCGCGGGAGGGUCCCAGGUAUGACGAAUGGGCCCGCGAGAGUCGCCGAUGAUAGACUCGGUGCCGACGAGGGGGCCGAGUCGGUCAAACAGCAACGCGUCAGGGAGGGUGAGUAGCGACGGCGCCAACGACUGAACAGAGCACAGCACACACACACACAUGUGCCAUACACUCUCUCUCUCUCUCUGUUGUGUGUGCGUGUCCAACUGCAGGUGGGCGGCUGUCAGUUUGUGACCAUCCUUACAUCUAGGCGUAGGUUGCGUAGCACAGCAGUAAGCUUCUGCUGUGCAAUAGUGAUGAGGAUGUCCUGAGUGCUGGGCGGGGCAUCGGCUGGGGAUAUCUUGGACACACCGUAAUCCAAACACACCAUCUGCACACACCAAUGCACACAGGCAGGGAGAUGCAAAGCGGUUGGCUCCACGUGAAUCAUCUUGUGGUCUCUCACCUUGGCGCUACGUUUGGGCACAUGUCUUGUCCCAAUGUCCGCUCCUUGCUCCCCUUGAGCGUCAGCACCUCACCAGCCUGAUUGCACAGGGAGGCCCACACAGAACGGUACGGGACACUAGGGGCCCUAUCCCCCACAAUUUCCCCCACAUGUCGCUGCAGUGCGUUAAUCUUCUCUGCUACGUCUCAACACGCUCACAAUGGACUCGGUCUGGAUGGACCAUCCAGUGACUGCGCUUCAUCAGAGCACCUGGCCAGUGUCCUUUCUCACCUCUGUGCUUCGUCUGCGACUCCAUCGCCGCGACGGGGAAGCAAAAGAGUGUCCAAUAUCAGAACAUCUCGAGGCUAUUGUCGUCAGAUCCCAGCUGCGAGAGGACGCAGAGCGCCAAUACCAACCAAAAUGCUUUCGAAGAAUUCCAAGUAAAG